AUGGAAGAAAAACCACCUGCCGGUAAUGCUAAGAAAGAGCUCACCACAAUGGAAGAAAUAUUCAAGAGUUAUUUUCAAGCCACUGGAUGCUUCGACUACCAAGCAGCCAACAAAGUGGCAGGGAAAAUGAAAGAGAUAAAUCCAGGAGCAAGUACUGUUCUUCUAGCAUUAUCACGUUGUGAACAGAGUUAUACUUCGUUGGAUUCACUAAAAUCGAAAUUAUGGCGAAGCAAGGAUUUCCUAGACAUGCUAUACGCUGAUGCAGUGAAGGACAUACAUGCGAAGGUGGUUGCCCAAAUAGCUGGGGCACCCGCUCAAUCGGACGCGAAUUACAUGACUGAUGUAUGCAGAGCACUGAGUUGCUUUGCAAAGUGUAGACAGCACAUGAAUGAAGUUUAUCGAUUGACACAGAGUCAUCCAUAUCUUGACGAUGUUACGCCCAUUCUUGAGAAGAUCAAAACAAUUAAAGAAGAAGUUGAAAAAGAACCAUUCUUGAACAAAUUGGGCAUAUUAAUGAGUGGGCUUGAGCAUGAAAUUUUGAUAAUGGAAUCACUACUCGCUGCGCACAAAGGAUUAACAUCUUACAACUUGAAGAAUACCAUUGUAAAACUCUACACAGCCAAGAUAAAAUUAUCGGCGUGGAGAGAAAUAUAUUCUAACCAGGAGUAUGCAGAGAAAUCUGAAAACAGGACAGAGGAUUAUCCGCGCGGACUUUUCACCUGGUAUCUCUUUGAGAGGAACUCCAAACCUGCCAGACGAAAUAGCGGUUCUCCUAACCUAGUGCAAUGGAUGAGCAGAUUCCAUGCCGACCUGACUGCAAAAAUGACUUUAUAUUUUAUGCAAAUUUUGAUAGAUAGGGAUAAAGGAGGUCUUAACAGUAUUUGGAACCGUGUUGAAUUUGAUUAUCAUGGAGAGAUAACAAAUUUCAGAAAGACAUCCAACGCCUUGUGUGUUGCCUUAGUGUAUGAAAUAACGGAUGAUGUUCCAUUUUAUCCGUAUGGAUAUAUCUGCGACGGAGAGCAACCAGCAAUAAUAGAGUCGGACAUAGAUCGAUUCCGGUGUAUUUAUAGCUAUCCCAAGGAUCAAAUAUCACACUCUAAGGAUGAUAAACUUUGGUCUAGCAUGGUCUCUAAGCUAUUGCAAGCGGAUCGCAAGCCAACAGUAUCACCGCAGAGACCAACACCAAUACAUGAAACUGACAAGGAAUUGAAAACGACUUUUUAUUAUUUAAGAAUCGAUAGUCGUGUGAGACUAGUCGUCGUUCAUUCAUCUGUGCAUACAAGCCCAGAUGCUCAAACGAUUGAAUUCAUGACACUAAUCGGGACUAGAUUGAGUAAUACGCAUAAUCUCCAAUCUUUGAGUAAUUUCAACGACCUGACAACGUAA